AUUUUUGAUAAGCGUAAUAAAAUCAGAUCUCUAAAGUUGUUUUCACCUUUAGCGCAAUUUCUAUUUCAAACGAAUCCUAACCCCACACGUUCUGUUUUUCAGUAAUGACUGGACCAGGUUCUUGCGCAAAGAUUCUUUUUGAAAAUUGGUUUGAAAAGCAAAUGUAAAGAGACAAAAAAAAAAUAAAUACUGAAUAAACUUAGCGAUAUGCUCAUGAACUGGACAUCGCUAAGCCUCCGCGAACUAGAAGAGCUUAACACAAAAUCCUCAGGAUGAGCGAGGGUCAAAUAUUUAGUAUGGUUCCAUGGUACGAAUACCAGCUUUUAACCAACAUCAUAUGCUAUGGAGGCCUCACAGAUGAAAACAGCUCACCGAACGAUAAAGCCCCUAUUCUUUGCGAGGGAGUCAAUACAAUCGCGACAUCGAAGCAAAAGCUACGAAAAGAACUCCGCAUCUCGUAUCUAAAAAAGCGCUUUUAUGCGAGUGUGAACAAUUACAAUCGCGACAUCACAGCAAAAGCUACAAAAAGAACUCCGCAUCUCGUAUCUAAAAUAAAGCACGACCUGUCUCACUUCUGCACUAUAUACAGGGGAAGAACUUGUGUUGGCUUGACGAAGCCGAAAGUGUUGUUGCCCGACUUCUCAGAACCGAAAAGGUUGCGCAAAAUUACAUCUGUGAUAAAAUAUCUUAACAUGUUGAUGUGA